AUAUCACAGAUUCUCAGCCCACCUGGUAGUGAUCAGGAGCGAUAACGUAACAGCAGACUGGCUGCACCAGUUGACUCAUGUAUCCCUGCUUCUAGGCAAAGUGUGCAUCCUUCUUAGACCGUAUUAUGGGUUAAUUCUGUCACGGAAAGAAUUAUUAAUGGAUCGGUAACAACUGGGACCCAGUUUCUUCUAGCUGUGUUGUCUUUGUGUGCAUGUUUUUCAGUAUUGAAAACGGAAGCUGCUUGGUAGGCUAUUUGGAGGGAAGCAGCUCUGAAUUUAUGUGAUUUCGCUUGAAUCUGACCACCAUCAUGCCGUAAAUAGCGAUCUGUCAGAAGAUAUGAACAGGGAAAAUCCGUCUGUAAUACUGGAGUGAGUAUAAAGGUGGAGUCUCGUUUAGUAAACCAAAAUACCUCUUCAACUUCGGAAAUGGAAGCGAUGAAGACUGACAAGGGACAUUCAAAUUGAUGGGAGUAGCGGGGAGAAUGCGACUCCAGUUGGAUGGUUUGGGCUGGAACUGGGGCAUCGAACACGCAGAGCGCACAUGGACGUGUCAUCGGAGAAAGCGAUCAGUCUAACCUUUUGUGGCAGUGGCAAUGGAACGAUAGCCAAAACCGCGAAGAAAGGGAAUGGACAUUUUCUUUUUUACCAUAUUGCUUCACCAAAAUCUGAGUGCUACACGUUGCCAUAAAACAGCUUGACUACAGUUCUCCUCUUACAGUGUACGUAGCGACGGAUUAAAUUUUUUGAAGGUUACCUUAGCAGGGGGAAGAUGCCGUUCCACCACGUGACAGCAGGCCUGCUGUACAAGGGGAACUACCUGAGCAGCUCUCUGUCUGAGGGGAGCGACACUGACCAGUUGGCCAGCAUCUCUGCUGAGGAGCUCAGGGAAAUCCGGGAAGCAUUCAGAGUUCUGGAUCGCGAUGGAAACGGAUUCAUAUCCAAGCAGGAGCUCGGCAUGGCCAUGCGCUCCCUGGGUUAUAUGCCCAGUGAGGUGGAGCUGGCCAUUAUCAUGCAGAGGCUGGACAUGGAUGGGGAUGGUCAGGUGGAUUUUGAUGAGUUCAUGACAAUACUGGGCCCCAAGCUCCUGUCUUCUGAAACAAGAGAAGGAUUCCUGGGAAAUACAAUAGACAGUAUAUUCUGGCAGUUUGACAUGCAAAGAAUAACGCUGGAAGAACUGAAGCACAUCUUGUUCCAUGCCUUUAAAGACCACCUGACGAUGAAGGACAUCGAAAACAUCAUCAUCACGGAGGAGGAGAGUCUAAAUGAGAACUCCGGGAACUGCCAGACAGAGUUUGAAGGAGUCCAUUCCAAAAAGAAGAACCGGCAGACGUGUGUGCGCAAGAGCCUGAUCUGCGCUUUCGCCAUGGCCUUCAUCAUCAGUGUCAUGCUCAUUGCGGCCAAUCAGAUGCUGCGCAAUGGCAUGGAAUAGCCACACCCACUGUGAGCAAGGAGAGGGGGGAAGCGGGUGGGAUGGGGUGGAACAUGUCAAUGGGCAAAGUAAAUUCUCCUCAAAAAUACUUCGGAACAACAACAGAGAACAAACACCUCGCUUAGUAAAAAGAAGAAAAAAGAUUUUAGGAUGUUUUUUUCCAAGUGAGAAACAUGCUAAUGUCCAGCAAAACUGAAGCCAGCCAGGGGUCUCCAUUUGGGGACACCUCUUCAUGUUCCUGGCAGGGACAUUAAAGGGCUGACUUUCGCCUUGACCGUACUGGUUCCCAUGAUGCAAUAAAGUACAGGAGUUCUAAACUGUCUCUCCUCUGGCGGUCGUUUUCAUGUGAAACUCUGGGACCGCAUCCUCAAACGGGCUGCUGAUUUGGAACCCUCACUGGCGACUGGUUUCAAAUCUGCUGAGGAAUGGUGUAUCCAUGUAGGAUCUCUCUCUUCAUUAACUUUUGGGAUUUUUUACCAUCAAGUGGACACGAUGGGGAAAGGAACGUGAAAUGGGACUCAUUCGUGUGCUUCUUGCUGAGUUUAUUAUAUAUAUAUAUAUAUAUAUAUAUAUAUAUAUAUAUAGUGUGUCUGUGUGUGUGUGUGUGUUUGUGUCUGUGCGUGUCUGUGGUGAUCAGGGGUUUCGCUCGACAGUUUCGGUCAUAUUAUCUGUUUUUAGACCUCACAGUUAUUAUAAGUCUGAUGUGUAUUUAUUUCUUGUGAACAGUGGAUGUGUUUUAUAUUCCAGGGGUUGUCUCCCCUUCUUCUGUACCUAAUGCGUAGAUACCAGCAUUAAAUCACUGUUGGGGGGCAGGCCAUUCAAAAACGGGGCAGGGGGCUGAGUCAAAAAGGGGCUGACAGUUCAUUGUGGUUUUGUGAUACGCAUGUGUAAUUUAGAAUGACUCAGGACCAGACGGCAUGCUUAUUGGUCGCAAAGCAUAGGUCGUACGGUCUCUUCGUAUUAGCUGUAAUGUAACUGUCUGGGGCGUUUUGACCUACCGGACUGUGUCUGUGGGUAUAACUCACAAGCAGCUUCAGUCAGAGAGGAAGCUUUGGUUUCCUGUGGCGAUGAAAUUACCUCAGACAAGUCCUAAUUGUGUCUGACAGUGGCUGUCACAGCAGUGUACACAUCUCACUGUCUGUUUCACACUCGAUCCACAUCUAUAGCCAUUUAAUAAACACCCCUGCUUACCUGUAUGUGAGGUUGCACCUUCCUGACACCUUGACCAAUGACGCCUGUAAUACGGCCACUCACAGAGGCUUGUUUCAUAAUCACCGGGGGGGGGAGCAUUUCACUAUUUAGGAUUUAAGGAGUUAUCUGGCUCAUGGCUGGAAAUUUUCAGUGGGUUGAAAUCUAAUUAUACAAAAGCCCACAUUAGUUUCGAAGUAUUUACAAAAGUUAGCUGGCUAACACCUUAAUCCUGCUUUAUGAAAUACUUCCCCGGUUUCUUUGAUAGUGUUGUUUUUUGUGUUUAUUCGGUCUCUUUUGUAAUCCUCCAUGUUCCCAGACAACAAGAUGACAUUUCAUCUCUUUAAAGUACAUUUUUGACAAUAGGAGUACACUAUUUAUUCAAAUAAAUAUCUGCCCUGAUUUUGUGUAUUACAAUUUUUAUUGUGUAAAAUGUCUAAUUUCCCCAUUAAUAGAAGCCCAGACAUUCUCUAGUGUUCAUGUUUGAAAGUUUGCAAAUAUGCAAACACGGGCUCCUGAGUUGUUGCUAAUCUUCCUCGUCACCUGCAGUGCACUCCUCACUGGCAUAAUCAAAUGGUAAUGAGCCAUCUAUGGGUGUGGAGGCCUUAUGCAAGCCUUAUCAGAGAGCAGAACACAAUCACUGCUAGUUCCCAUGGACACAACUGGGUACUGAGGAAGUGGAUCUAAUCGAAGGAAACCGGCCUGUAUGUCAUAUACAGACCCAGAACUCGUGCUCAGAUGGCUUGAUUUGCAUCUUUUUCCUGGUGGGAGCAGGUCCACACUAGUGUGCUGGAGCAGGUGACCUCUAUCUGCUUUAUCAGAGGGUACUUCCGAACUCCUGUAUGAACUCUUGUGCUAACGUACACAUUUUAACCACCUCAGGUUUUCUGAGGACUGUUUAUAUUUAUUGCAUGUUAAUAAAUGGAACACUGUAAAUACACCCUAGACCGGCGGUUCUGAGAUUCAGUCCUGCGGGACCACAGUGUGUGCUGGUUUUUGUUACUGCCAACCUCUCGAUCAAUUAAGGCUGUCUUAAACGUGUUUAAGUUCUUUGUCAUUUUUCUUAAACUUACUAACAUAACACAGAUAUGUUCAUGUACUUUGCAUUUGGAAUCUUAUUUUUCAGUGAGCAGCCGUCCACACUUUCAGCAGUUAGCAUCCUACUAAUUUCACCUGUCAGCUUAUAAUUUAAUCAGUUGAAAAAUGUAACCUCUUUCUAAAGCAAUCGUGUGCCACGAAGCACUUUACAGAACACGAAAGAAUUAGUGUAUUUAAAAAGUCUUGGGAUGUUAGCUUGGGACAUGUAGUCUUUGUGGAAUGCACAGCUAUUUCUGUGUCAGUGGUGCAAUUGUGGUUGUAACAAAAACCAAUAUAAACCUGGGGUUCCCCAUGACCGAGUUUGAGAAUCCCUGCCUUAGAAUAUACUAGCUGUCUCAAGUCUAGCUGAUGACAGUGUGUAUGUGCAUGAUAAUGAUCAUUGUUAGCGCAUUGUUGCAUUCUGCUGAGACAGAAUCAGAGAUGCCAGGUGGGUUGAGGGCCAGACAAGGCCAGUACACUGCAUCCACUUGCACCUUCUGAGACAAGCCAUAGAAUACUGCAGGGAUACUAAUGCCACAAACAAUAAAUAUCACACAGUAUUAUAUCUUCUAAUAGUGUCUGUAACAAAACAGUAUGUUGUUUGAAGGGCAUAGUCAACCUUGUACAGGAUAAUCUGUUUGGUGGUGGAGAACCACCAAGCUGAGAAAGUGUGUGGUUGAACGACAGGUCCAUCUGGUGCCCAUUUCAUGAAUUACAAUGAAUGUUUGUAAUGUUGGAAUGUUUCGUGUCGUUGGUGGUUCAAUCCAAGCAAUUGUUAUUCCAAAAAAAAGGAAUACCGGCUUUAAUUUUAAUGACACUUAUUUUUGUCACUUUUUUAUUUUGUUAAUUUCUGGUUAAAAAAAAAGAAAAAACACUAAAAAAAUGCAGAGUGAAAUGUGCAGUGACAGUUCAACAGUAACAGAAUACGUGUGUCCAGUUGGGACCUUAUGUAUUCUGUAAGAGUUGAUUUAACACAGAACAUUUUACUGUGUGUGUGUGUUGUGCAAUGUUUGAUGAAAAAGAAAACCAGACCCCUUUCUGUUUGGAUUGAACCACUUUUUUGUCUCCAAUACACACAAAAUGUAACUGUGAAAUCAGAAUGUUAAUUUUCAUUUAGAUAAUUAAUUGAGAGGACAAAAAUGUAGUUACAUAAUUCCUGUUAUAUACAUUUGCCCUCUCUGGUGAAGAUAUUAAAUAUUAUAUGUGUAAUAUACUGAAAUUAAAGAUGAAUAAUGUACUCUUUUAAAUUCGUUAUACAGAUCCCUAAAGUAGUUAUACCACUGAGCCAGUUAUACCAUCUGAUUAAGGAUUUGAAAAUGUAAAAAUAGUAUUUUAAACCCAAUGAAAAGUCAUUAUUACGUCAAUAUAUUCUUCUUUUUCUUAUUUUUCUUCCACCCUUCUUCUUCUUCUUCUUAAGAGUCCUUUCUAAGUUGUAUCUUAAUUUGUUUCUCAUUCCUCUGAUGGAAAUGUUAUUCAGUACAAACCUACUGGUCUUAGCCAAAGCAGAUGUUUGGUCUGAUCAGUCAUUUUAAAUUGCUAUCUACUUUCUUGAUGCCAUUGAUGAAAAUGUGCAUAUCGGAGGAUGUAGCUUAUGUUUGAAUGUUAUGAUUGAGUUUUAAUUAUGGUGUUUUAUUGGAACUUUUUCUCAUUAUAGUAAAAUUUGUAAUUGGACAACCAAGCUUGCAGCACCAUUUUGGCCACUACAACUGAAAUGCACAGAAAUUUGAUUUAUAUAAGUUGAUUAGGUAUGGGAAUUUUUUAAUAGUAAUUAAUAUUCUUAAUUAUCAGUAGCAUGGGCAUAAAUUAUGAGCUUGUAUAAACAUGUACAUAGUCUAUACAUAUAUUUACAAAAUGCACACAAAAUUUAAGGAAACUUGGCAUGCAGAUAAUGUGUAGACAUUAAGCAAGAAUAUAUUAAUAGUGUUCUAAAAAUAAAUGGCUGAAAUAAGCUGUAAAUAUUUACAUCUGUACAAAAAAAUAAUGGAAAUCAUUUAUGCAAUAAAACAUUUUUAG